AUGGCGACGAAGAGAAGCCUAGGAACAUUGAUGGAAGCUGAUCUGAAGGGAAAGAGCGUGCUCGUGAGUGUUGAUCUCAGCGUUCCUUUGGAUGAUAACUCCAACAUCACUGAUGACACUAGGAUCCGCGCCGCUAUUCCCACCAUCAAGUACUUGAUGGGUAACGGAUCUAGGGUUGUUCUCUGCAGUCACUUGGGUCGCCGUGUUACCCCUAGGUUCAGCUUAAAGCUUCUUGUGCCGAGAUUGUCUGAGCUUAUUGGUGUUGAGGUUGUGAUGGCAAAUGACUCUAUUGGUGAGGAAGUCCAGAAACUAGUCGCAGCACUACCUGAAGGAGGUGUUCUUCUCUUGGAGAACGUGAGGUUUUACAAGGAAGAAGAGAAGAACGACCCUGAGUUCGCAAAGAAACUUGCUGCCCUUGCUGAUGUCUAUGUCAACGAUGCUUUUGGAACUGCUCAUAGAGCCCAUGCUUCCACCGAGGGAGUUGCCAAAUACUUGAAGCCUUCUGUCGCUGGUUUCCUCAUGCAGAAGGAGCUUGAUUACCUUGUCGGAGCUGUAGCAAACCCCAAGAGGCCUUUUGCCGCCAUUGUUGGAGGUUCAAAGGUUUCGACGAAGAUUGGUGUUAUUGAGUCACUCCUGUGCACCGUUGACAUCCUCCUGCUCGGCGGAGGUAUGAUUUAUACUUUCUACAAGGCGCAAGGACACGCGGUUGGAUCUUCCCUUUUGGAAGAGGACAAGCUUGACUUGGCCAGGUCGCUCAUGGAGAAGGCCAAAGCCAGAGGUGUCUCUCUUUUACUCCCAACCGAUGUGGUUAUUGCUGACAAGUUCGCUCCUGAUGCUAACAGCAAGGUAACAACAGUUUGUGUCUGAACAAAAAAGACACUGUAGUGUCUGAUCUAAUCCCUAAUGAGACAAAAACAGUGACCAAUUGGGGUUUGUUUCAUAUCAGAUUAUGAAUGUUUUGUUCCCUCUUUUGAUUCUCCAUUCUUUAUCAGAUAUAGUAUGACGUUUUGAUUGAGAAAUAUGGUGCAUUGUCAGUUUUGAAAAGUUUCCUUGAAAAGUGGACUUUAACUC